AAUGGCACCACGUGACUCCCGAGCAAGGAAGGCUGCCCUUUUGCGAUGUAACGGCACCUCUGAUUGGUCCAGUGUGGCGACCUUAAGCCAAUCGCAGCCAGGAAGAAUAGACCAGAGCCACGCAGAGUAAACAAUAAGGAAGCUGAGGGGUCCGGGCAGAGGGACACUUGCUGGCAGCUACAAGUAUGGCAGGCUACAUCAAGGGCAUCUACAGCUACAUCAGGCCUGAAAGCAACACAGAAGCAGCAACACCACCACCAGCAGCUGACCCACCUAGUCCCACAGUAAGCAAUGCCAGCCAACCUGAAGGAUGCCCUCAAGAAGCAGGUUACUUGAAGAGGGCGGUCACUGGUGUUGCUUCAGGGAUCUACUCUGUAGGAUCAAGCACUGUGGGCGCGGGAGUGUCAGGUGUCAAGUGGGUGGCAGGAACAACAUACAACGUGGGCUCUGGAGUGGUGGGCACAGCUGGUGCAGUGGUGACAGGCACUGCUAGCACAGUUGGGGCUGGAGCUACUGCUGUCAUGUCUAAGAUUACUACAAAGAAGAAGGAACAUUCAGACUGAAGUAUAUAGAUUUAUACAUUGCAAUGAUGUUUUGUGUGCUUUUCAGAGCAACAUUUAUUCCUGAGAAUGUUCCAGGUUUUGCUGAGGCUGUGCAGCUAUGGUAAGCAGUGUUAUCCCAGGGAAUGAUAGUGCAAUAAGUGGACCAUGGGCAUUUUUUUUUUUCUCUCUCUCUCUCCAAACAACAUAGUAUAUUUCUUGACAUGAAAGAUAUUUAACAGUUUUGUGGAGAUAUAUGAAUAUAUAUUUAAUACUUCUUUCCAUAUUUAUAAGAAACUAUUUUAAAAUACAGUAUAAUGAAAGUAGUCUACUCAUUAAUAUAUGCCACAUCUUGAUGAGAUUGUUCACAAGGAUACUGCUUAUUUAUAUUCCUCUGUACUGACUUCCUUUGUUAUUUUGUUGCUUAUAAUGUUUUCUGUGCACCACUCUUUGUAUGACCAACUUUUUUCAAAUUAUUUAUAAUUUACCUUGCUGUUGAAGGCCUUCGUGUAUCUCUAAUCUUUAAUUAUAUUUAUUUUUUAUUUUUUUUAUUUUUCUAUUUAUUUAUUUUUUUUUGAGAUUAUGUUUCACAGAUAUGUAGAACAUUUGGUCUUGAUAAAUUUAUAGACCAUGUUCAUUAUAUUGUGCUAAUGAUCUGAUACUAGGGAUUGAAAAAUACAUUCAUCUGUGGCAUAUCUCACAUACAGUCAUUAUACAAGUAUCCUUUUAAGUUACUUAUUUUAUAUCUGUUGUUCUUUCUUAUUUCUUUUGUUAAUUAUGAAUAUGUUCUGUUGAAACUGCUUUGCUCACAGAUAAUGUGGAUAUUUGUUGGAGAGUAAGAAACAAUUACCUUGUAUUAAUCUUCAGUUGCAGUUAGAUAGAUAGUGCCAUACCACCAGUCCUUGAGUUACUACUUUUGUAAGUGUAGCAGUGUAAAUGAGAAUGUGAACAGAGUGAAUGAUUAGGGUCCAGGUUCAUUGUGUUGAGAGGUAAGGUAUUGAAGGGUUUGGGAGUGCUUAACUGUUCAUUCAAAUUUGUUAUUAGGAGCUCAUGAAAGUAAGUAAGGUUGGAAGCCAGAUAAAUUUUAGAAGUAAAAUGGAUUUGCUCUAUAGUUUAUGAAAUCUUGUGAAAAAAAAAUGCCUUCCUUAUAAUAUAUGUAAUGAAGUUUUAUACAUCAUAUUUUCUAGUAUGUACAUGUUUGAGGUUUUGGUGGUUCCAUAACUUUGGAAUUGUUCUGAAUUUGCAUGCAUAUGUAAUAAUUAUUUCUCAAAUAAAAUAGCAAAACUAAAAA